GUGGUGCGCUUGUUCCUAUGCGAAACGACCAAGAACGGAGUGCUUCGUAUAAUGAAGGACCGGUCUUAAAUUGACCCUUCCCUCUAAUUUUAACUUAUUAACGACGAAGACAGUCACCAGCGUUCACAAGCCGCGCCGCCGUCCGCGGCCCUGCUUCGGCGUCUUCCUUCUGCGGUUGUCCGACUCCGACUCUUCCUCCAGUUCCAGACUCUUCCGGAUAAUACUAUUUUAGACUUUUUUCCCCUUAAACAUUGUAUUAUUUGGUGAAACAUUGUUAAUCUAUUUGAUUAACUCUUGGCAAAAAUCCCCCAAGCACUGCGUGUCUGUUGGGGUGAAUCAGUGAGAAAUGUCUUCCUCAAACGUUCUGCGGGAAAUGCAACGCGACCUCGAGAGCAAAGCGAACGAUCUUAGCCAAAUUCAAAAAGAUAUAGCCAAGAAUCAUCAAGUCCGAAAGAAAUACACCAUUCAACUAGGUGAAAACGAGCUUGUCCUCAAGGAGUUGGAUCUCUUGAAUGAAGACGCCAGUGUGUACAAACUGAUUGGGCCAGUUCUGGUGAAGCAGGACCUGGCAGAGGCUAGCGCCAAUGUCAAGAAGCGAAUUGAUUACAUCUCAGCCGAAUUGAAGCGUUUGGAUGCCACUCUUCAAGAUUUAGAAGAAAAGCAGCACAGCAAGAAAGAAAUGAUCUUUAAAUUACAACAGAGAAUUCAAUCCUCCCAGGCAGGAAAGGUCAAAGCUUAAUGUACAUGAAUGUGAUGUCUCUCAGCGGUGCAAACUGCAAAGUGAUGUAAUCUGUGUUUUUUUUUUUGAGAAUUUCAGAAGUUUGUGGAGCCUCAGUGUGGGAGUUUAUUGUGGUUUUCGUUUUGUGGAACAAAAAAGCAAUCCUAGAUAAUCUUUUUAGAUAAUCUGUUCUUGAAUGAAUCACUCAUUUUAAUUUUUGGGAUAAUAUUAUGGAAGUAUAAGUUCAUGAAAUUGUGUGUUUAAGCAUUGGUAUUGGAAAAGUAGUUAUAGAG